AGAUCACCUAGGGACACAUCCGGAAGAUAAAAUGGUGCUGAUGCGCCGCGUAUCCCGCGCCGGAAACGACUUUUUCCGGCGCGCGGGUCGCUGCGGUUGCGGCAACAUCGAUCGUCGAUGCAUUUCGACGGCUCGAACGCCGUUUCCGGUGCCAAACGGCCAAGGUCGGCCCAGCUUAAUCGCGGGAUGGAUGAUCGCGGCGAUUCACACGCCGAGGACACACGCAGGGUCGGGAUUGGAGAUAGACAAAAUGGACCAGCAGUAUUGUCUACGGUGGAAUAAUCAUCCAGCCAACCUCACUGACGUUCUCAGCUCGCUGCUCGCCAGAGAGGCACUCUGCGAUGUGACCCUGGCUUGUGUCGGAGAGACCUUCAAGGCGCACCAGACCAUACUCUCCGCAUGCAGUCCGUACUUCGAGAGUAUUUUCCUGCAAAACACCCAUCCCCAUCCAAUUAUAUUCCUCAAGGAUGUUAAUGACACGGAAAUGAAGGCGUUGCUGCACUUUAUGUACAAGGGCGAAGUCAAUGUUAGUCAGCAUCUGCUACCGAUGUUCCUUAAAACAGCGGAGGCAUUGCAGAUCAGAGGCCUCACCGAUAAUAGUGUAAAUAACAAGACGGAGGACAAGUGUCCCUCACCAGAUCCAGAAACGCAAACUGGAGUCAGGCAUAGCGAUUCGCCUAACCUUCAGUCUCAUCAUGAAAAGAGGAAAAGAAAGAAUUCAGGCAGCUACGACGUUUCCCUUUCUGGCCCACCUAGCGAAAGAUUCUUGUCCGACUCUCAGACAUCCUCGCAGUGUAGUUACAAAUCAAGUCCUCCUGUGAUUCCAAAGCUAAAUAAUGCCCUGGGAGUUGAGAUGGAAGAUGGUGGUCGACCCAUGUCUCCUGCUUCACAACCGCAGGCUCCUAUUAAACAAGAGGUGGAUCACCAUUUGUCCGACUUCCAUGACAAUAUCUCCCUCCCUGGUCAUCCAGUUGGACUGAUAGGAGAAGAUGGAGGGGCUACGACAGGAGCACUCAGUGAUGGUGUUCAAGGCAUUGAAUCAUCUGAACACCAUAAUCCCCCGGAAAUGCUCGACGGACUUGAUGGAACGACAAGGACUUGCAAAAAAGAAAAGGAUAUAAGUAAAGACAGUCACAAUAAGUUAGGGCACUCGCAGAUCGGUAUGGAAUGCUGUAAGCUGUGCGGCAAGAGCGUAGCCAACAUAAAAAAGCACAUGAAAUCGCACAACCCCGACAAGCACGUAUGUCACAUAUGUAUGAUGUCGUUGACCAGGUCUGACAAUUUGAAAAGGCACAUUAAGUUGAAACAUGGCGCACGGGAGGGCACCUUCGCGUCAUCGUUUCUGCGCAUGGAGCACAAACAUUUUUUAGCAAAAUCCGAGCCGGGUUACUUAACUUAGUAACUCUUGCGUCGCAUAAACACACAGUAUGUCCAUGUGCAAAAUAUAUUAACCGCGGAUAGCGCGAGGAUCUUUGAAUCGAUUAUCUCCUGUCAGGAAUUUCGAUUUCUUAUCGGAAAGGAUACAAUUAAAGUACUAGAAUAACUUAAAUUUUAUCUCCUAUCCAUGAAUACAACGAUCCGCUUCGCGCCAAAGAGAUAGCAAGUUGCAGGAUUGUAUCUUUCGAUAGAUCCGUUCAUCUUUGGAUUUUUUUUUAAAUGAAUCUUUCCUCGGAUGCACGGAUCCUACGAUUCAUGAAUCGUCGCGCACGCAUAUCCUCUACACACAUAAUUUAUUUUUCUAUCAUGUAUAAAGCAUAGCUUUGCGCGCAUGUGUUCUGUGCCAAGAACUAUCAUAUAUUAAUACCAUAUACCAUAUAAAUCUUGUGCCCAUUUCUCAAUUAAUUAGCAUUAAUCGCUACGGUCGAUAUGUCGUACGAAGGGCCCUCCUCGUCGCAUAAGCUGUACGUGACGUUUACAUCGUGUGCGCUUACGUAUUUCUCUCAUUUAGAGUAUUAUUUAAACUAUAAAAUAUAUUUAUUCUUGUGCGUUUUAGCUCUUAAGUAUUUAACUCUAAUGAAUAAGAUGCGGGAAUCUCUUUCUCUUAUCUGAGACAAGCUGAUUCCCUUAGGUAUAGCGGAGUGUUCGUAGAAUCAGUAUAGCUGGAGAUCUCAGUGAAAGUAAUGUCGAGUACAAAAAACUUCAUUCCUGUUCUACCUCCUGCUGAACGUCCGAACAUCAUCAUAUUACUCCGAAAUACGGAAGACGAGUAACGUUCCUUCAAGAUUACAGAUUCUCCCCCGAUCUCGUAAUCGCGUCCUCCCUUUCGUCAUUUCCGUGUCACGCCCGAGUGUUCGCGGACCGUUCCAUGGCUCCGGGAAUCUCGCGGCGUGUAGGAUCUUCCCUUGAAACCUGCGUCCCCGGACGCUAGGACUUUCGAAUUCCUGGAUUUUCGGACUCCAGCAUCUUCGACGACCCGUCUGUAUUACGUCUGCAGACGCGCAGCAAAAAUAUAUGAUCUAAAUGGUAUUACAUACUUUUUUAUACGCACGCGUCGCAAAUGAUUUUGCACCUGUUCUGAUUGUCCUGGGAUCUUCAUUAGAUCGUAUAUGUGUGCGACGUGAUGAUAUGUUUAGCGUUACGUAAAAUUCAACAAUCUCUCUUACAUUAGAACGGUGUGCAAAAAUAAUGGUAAGUCGAGUGAUUUUUUUUUAUUAUUUCGAAAACAGCGCGAUCGAUCUGCCUACAGGAAGAUGAUGCAAAACAUUCUUCGACGCGUGUACGUAAAAAUCUAUAUAUUUAUACGUAUAUUAUAUUUAUAUGACGUAGGUUGUGAAUCACGUCGAAGACUGAUUUCUGUGUGAGCUGUUGCGGCUCAAAAAUAGUCAUGAUGAAACUAGUCCCGCAGGCCCAUAGGCUGUUACGAGAAGAAAAAAAGAGAGAACAGGCUUCUUAAGGAGCUCACUUGUGGUGCCUUUUGCUUAAGUACAAUGAUAAAUCGCUUUUCACGAGAUAAAUAAUCAUAAUACGAUAGUAAUUAUAAUAAGCGAUGCGAUACUUCCCUUAGGCAGUGCAUGGUCAUACGUUCAUAGCCCUUGUACGUCGUUAUGUAACACACCUAUCCUUUUUUUCUCCAUCUGCGUCGUUCUCGUUCGUCAUGGCUCUUUGGAUCAGAAUGGCGUCGAGCCAGUUUUUUUUUUUUUUUUUUACCUAUGUUCUUUCUCUAUUUGCAGAUGCGACACUUUUAGCUCUUGAGCCAUUGAAUUCGCGCCAAUAGCGGGCGUAGAUCGAGCAAGUAUGUUUCCAAGAUUUUUUUUCUAGUAUUUGUAAACUCAAAAUACUGUUUUAGAUAAUCGUCCAUCCUUUUUUGUUCCGCCAAAACUCAUGGACAUAGCUGCUAUCUCACGAAAACCUUUAGCCUUCUCAAAAAUCCGCGAAAAGAACAUUAUGUAGGAUUAGCCGAAGUUUCCACGCAGCUCUACAGGAUUAAGUGUAACAAGGUCGCUCCCGUACUUGCAACAUCUCGCAGUUAUUGAAAUUCUCUGUCCUCGUCGGUUCCCCGAGGGAAUUCCUCGACGGUGUCGCGCUUUUUCGAAACAUUCUCGCGCGACCGGCGCGACGAACUUUUGCUAUCUGUUCUUUCCCGACAAAGCGACACCGCAGUUUCAUGUGGUAACGCGUGUUUUGUUCCUCUUUCCACGCUCACCCACACGCGUUACGCAACAAACAAACGUCGUCUCGUUUCGUCUCUCGUCGAGCGGAUGCGUUCUGGCACCGUCAUGGUUUCCGGAACGGGCAAAAAAUGAAGGCGCAAAACUCUCGGGAGCGUGGAAUUCACUUACAACCGAGCCACUUACUUUGAUUGUGAACAGUAAUCAUAAGACACGGUUUGCCGAGUGAUUCAUUUAUUAACUCGCUCAUUUUUAUUUCUCUUUUGUUAUCGAGGCAUUUCUAGUUCAUUCACCUGGAGUCGGGUCUUUAGUAGGAUGAAGUUUUGGAAAUCUGAUCUUUUAUUCUUAUUACCGUUCUGAGUUCUUAUUACCGUUAAACACUUGGAACUUUAUACGACUAUGUUUUAAUAUGUAUAUUCAAACUUGAAAACUUGAAUUGCUCGAAAUUUUAAGAUGUUUAAAUUCUUAAAUUCUAAUUUCGGCAACUUUACUUUCUCAGAUCUUAAAUUGUAUCCUUCCCGUAAAGUACCAACAUUUUUCGCUAGUCAAAGGUAGACCCGCAUCGAUUGCGCCAAGUGAUAGUAAAAAUUGCAAAAGUUCGGGCUCGCAGAGCUAUGUCAAUGACAUAUCGACUGUUUUUCCGACGUGGCUGUCGGGCUAACGACAAACAAACGUCAUUCCAUGAACGCAACAUGACAUGCGGUCGUACUUGAGAAUCAAACGGAUUGGAAACCAUUGUAAUGUCCCCUUGCCAAAUAGUGACAUAGGUGAUAUGUAUUUCGCAUGUCCGAUAUCAUUUCUUUAAAACAAAUUUUGCCUUUCGCCUUUUGUAUCGUUUAUUUAUUUAUAUUUAUUAUUCUUCCAUUUCUAUUCUUAUCUCGUGCUACAACGUUAUAUUUUCUUUUCAUUCAUCGUCUUAGUUUCUGUUAGAUCAUACGUCGAAAUUGCCUCUUCGGAGAAACGAUCUGUAAAUAUUAAAAGCUUGCACUCUGUAUGCAUCUGCCGUGCCGGAACUCCUCGGUACGUUUGUAUGCGGAAUUUGAUACUCUCGCGUGUAGGAUCUACGAAUGGCACGGAUUCUUGAAUCCGCAAACUCUGUCUCCGUCUCUUCUCUAACAAGGAGGACACGUAGCCGGGGCGACAAUUCGGAUCUGGUAAUAUUAAUCUCCACAAGUUGGCCGUGACGUGCAGCCGUAACGUGGCGGAGCCUGCUGCGCUAUAUCUCGCGCAGGACACGAGAAAUGUCGUGUUUCGGCACGGCACCUCGGUAUCAUAACUUUCCGACCUUUAACGGUGGAAAAUUGUCUCUCUCUUUCUCUCUGGGUGACGUGGUAAAGCGAUGGAUGGAUGAAUGGCGUCGCUGCAUUAGCCCGGGCGGCAGGGUCCAAAUGGAAAUUAGUAUUACGCGAGACUUUCCCUGCCGCAGCAUGGUCAAAGGGCGCUCUCUCUCUCUCUCUCUCUCUCCCUCUUGCUCCACGGUUAAGCGAUAAAAAGCUCAACGGCAUUUUGCAUCCCUCCUGCAAUAGCUCGGUCCAUCGAUCCAUCGUUGCAUCUAAUUAUACAGCCCGCCCUUCAUUACCCUAAUUACUCUCGCAGUAUGUCUUCCGUCCUCGAUUCCAUCGAUCUGUUGCGGUGUUCUUUCUGGUUUUUCCGAUCGGAUAUUUUUAUAAAAUUGUAAACUUUUAUGAAUUUACAAAAACAUAUCUGUUUAGCUAUGUUUAGAUUUAGCGAACAAUUCAUGUGAGAGAACUAUUAGUACUUGUCGUACGUAAUUCGUUGACUAGAGGCUCUUAUCUUAUCUGAAGUUUCAUUACAUUUAUCAUUUUAACGAUCAACAGCGCGCGUCGCGUUCCAACGUUAAUGAUUUUUACCACAACAGUGGGACGCUACUUUAUUUUCGCGAUGCUGUUAAACACAUUUUAUAAUUUACGCGCUCGGGGAAUCACUCUCAAUUAAAAUAUCACGGGCUAUUAAUAAUUCUUCGAUAUUUUCUCGCAAAUCUAUACAAUCUUUACGUCGUAAAUUUUUACUUCGGUUAUCCCACUUAAGUCGUGCAACUUGUGAAGUUCUCCUACUUGGUUUUGUUUCCGACCUGUUUGUUUCUUUUUCCGCUUUAAGCUCCACUUCUCCCCGCUCCCUCGCUCGUUUUCUCUAUUGCGCCUCGAUUCCAUUGUCGCCUCUAAAAUCACUAUCUCGCGGAGUUCUUUCACCGAUACUCGUUCCGUUCACCGCACUUAUUCUUGACCUCGAUCGAUCAUCGAAUAAAGCAGCUCCGUCGGCGAAACGGCGUAUUAUAGCUUUCUUUCUGCUCUCGAGACGUAUCGGUUGUUUAAUAUUCUCAUGCACAGGCGGAAGAGCGAGCGUGGCACUCGUCCGAAGAACGAGGUCCUUUCCCGACGAUAAGCUUCUUACCGGCAUAUCUUCUCGCCCUUAUUACACGAACGCACGUUCGUCUCGCGACAGUUGGAUGUGAGGUGGUGGUGGUGGUGGUGGUGGUGGUGGUUCGAGGAUGAAGGCACAGGAUGGUGUCCUCAAUAAGAGGAUCAGCGGGUGGAGGUGCGCCUCGAUCUGUGCUCCGCUCGCAAAGAGUUUCGUUUCUCGAGCACACGACAAGAGGCUUUUCGUCUUUCGCGCUCGUGCUUACUUUAAACCCCGAUGGUUGGCUUAACCAAUGGAGGAGAAAUCAGAGCCGCCGCUGGCUUCCGCCGAUACGUCCUUGAGAGCUCGCUCGAAGGACUAGAAACUUGGCGCGAAUCUCAUGAAACUCUCCUGAUCGCGUCGGGCCAUUAACUGUGAGAUUUUUAGUUCAAGAGAAACGUUCUUCUAUGGAUAUCUCUAUAAAACAGUCAAAGUUUUAGAGCUUUACUUUGUUCGUAUACCUAUUUUAUUUUUUUAACGACUUACAGCGUGCACCUUUAUUAUAAAUCUCCGAAAAUUUAUCUGCAAAUUUUUUUUCAAUUAUUUCCUUUUUGUAGCUAUAUGAAAAGAACGGUUUUGCUGAAGUAUCUAAAAAACUUUUUUAAUUGAUUCUGUUGAAUUAAUUUUUUGAAUGUUGUAAAAAAGUUUUGACAUUCUAGCAACCAGUUUGAGCGUCCGACAUAAUUAUUUUAAUACUUAAAAAAAAAUUAUUUUUUAAACUGUGUCUAUACACACAGAACCUAGCUAAAUUUUUAAAUCAUAUAGCAAAAUUGUUCUUUCCAUGUAUAUUGUGAUCACAAAAAAACACUUUCCUAUAUAUUUUUAUGUAUGAGCACAUUAUUGUUUUUAUUACAUGUAAUUAUUACAUGUUUUUAUAGACAUGUAAACUCUUUAUGCUGGCACACGCUGAAAAUCUUUGAUGCUUAGAACCAUUCUCUAUGUUAUUAAAUAAUUUAAAUGCAUUUGAUCAUUGUUAGUACCAAAUGUUUAACUGAAUAUGGAAUAUUCUCUUUACGUAUAUCGUGAUAUCCUCGUUAUCGCCAUUUCCGUGCAGUUCAAUCAACCCUCCCUUGUGUCUUAAGUGGUUACAUGUUCGGGUUGUGGUAUUGUCUUCGAACAGACGGUACGUAUUCCACAGAUCUGUAGCACAGCAUAGCUACUGUAUAGCCACUGACAGGAAUACUCGAAAUGAAGUUCCAACGGUCUUACGAGUGGUACUCUGGAAAUCAAUCGUAUCAGGAAAGUUUGUAGCGUCGGAGUUUCGUUGCUCCUCGAAAUUCACGCGACACAAUUUGCAAUAAACGAUUUCAUCGGGACAAUUGAGAAUUAACCACAAUUACGUUAUACAUAGAGUAAGUCAUGCUCCGACUGUUAGAUUACGGACGAAAAAUAAUUCCAUAGGUAAUUUUUUGAUGUACUACCUUUAAAACUUUGGAUUCCGAAAGCGUUGGUUCUCAAAUUUUUUAGAGAUUUUGCAUAGCGUGUUUCUUCAAUUUAAUAAAUAUAGACAGUGUGCAAAAUUACACAGCAACAAACCAUUUUACGUUUUAUCGUGGAAAAAAUACCUUCAGUUUCUCGGCUCAAGUUUAAGUAGAGAUGGAGAGAUUUUGGAAAGAUGCUUUCUCGUUCGAUGGAAAUAUAUGUGUAACGCUCGCGGCAAAUAUUUCCUCGGCAGCCACGUGUGAAUUUAGUGCGGCACCUGGUUCAACGGAAAAUAAGAAAAAAAAGAGGAAAAUAAAAGAGGAAGGUACGAGUCGUUUCUCGCGCAUGAUCGUCAUUCGCUGAGGGAGACACGAAAUCUUGUAGCAAUACCAUACCGAAUGGGCCACUGUGUUGAAUCCACGUACAUAGAUCAUGUGGCUACACUCCUCAGCAUAUAUGCAGUUUAGUCGAACGUACUGGGAGAGAGAGAGAUAUGGAGGAGAGACGCGCACAAUGGAGGGUGGGAAAUACACUCUGUUCUCUCCUGUUCCCGUCGUUGCAUCCCCUCGCCCUCCUCUUCUCCUCCCCGCUCGUCUUCCAGCGGCUGCUGCGUCUCCUCGUCUCUGCCCCUCCUGCAUCCCUCCUCCUUGACGGCUCUUUCUGGCACAGCGCGGUGAUCGAUGCCGGUGUAUGAGAGGGAAUAUCGGGUUCCACACGGCGCGAAGAUUGGGCGUUGUUAGCACGAGCAAUUUUUUAGACUGCGCGUCUUUAAGCAUCUAUAUUCAUAAUCUCUAAGUAUCUACAUUUCUAAUUCGUGUGUUUAGACAGCUACGCGCGUUUUAACGGGACAUUUCUUCGGUGCGUUAUAUUUACGUCAUAUUCUACGGACAAAGUAAAAAAGUGCUGAGCAUUAAUUUUAAUAAAUUUUAUUAUAUAUUAUCUACAUCGGUGUGUGUAAUAAGAUGGGAAGAGAUAAAAGUUUCGCCGAGAUAUACAUUUGGAUUCAUUAUUCAGAAUAUAAACCGGUGUAUACUCCCUUCGCGCGUAUAUCAACGUUGCGGGCCGAAAAAUAGAGACAACUUACGUGCGCAGCGCCCGCUACAAAGUGUGUUAAGCUCCGAAAGGGCUCGCGCCCGUUUCUCUCACUCUCCUCUGCAUAAUAAAUCUCUCCGAGUAUCCCCUCCGCUAUUCUGUCCUUCCCUCAGUCCCCAUUUUCUUUCUGUCUCUUUUGCACACGUACCUCCGCCCUCUGUCCUUUAUCUCGCUCCCUCUUUCUCUCCCUGUUGCAGCAUCGGUCGGCGAUGCUUGGCAGCUGGCUGCCGCGCCGCUCGCCUCCGCCCUUGCUUGCAUCCCUACGAGCUGAGGGAUGCUUGUGCAAGGGAUGAUGGUAGCGGCUGCUAGGUCGAACCCCUAACUUUGUAAAGUUUGUAAAGAGGAUACUGUGGAGUAUCGGAGUGAGAAUUCGAUGACCCUUCCAGUUCCCUUGCUGCCAUCGUAUACAAUUUAUCUACAGAUGCCCAUUAGAGUUUAACGUGAACGCUUGACGAUUAUUUAAAUUUGACUCUUUGACUAGACAGAAUUGUAGCGUGAUGUUGGCCUUUCGGUGAAAUCCUGUUAUUGAAGUAGGUUUGAGAAGAGAAGGAGAGAGAGAGAAAGAGAGAGAGAUAGAGAGACAGAGAGACAAUUAACUUGUCUGGCUAAGUUGCAUGCUUUUUGGAUCGAUGUGGGACGACCGAUAGACGACACGAAGAGCGGGUGCAUCUUGUCAAGUUCCAAUGCGAUUUAAGGCAAUUAAUUCCGGUUCCGGCGAAGAACGAUCUCCUUAUUCAUAACUCGCGCACCUCGUCUCUCGCUGUACGAUCAACAAGAUCGAAUUAGCUCUUCCGAUAAUCUCGCUCGUUCAGCCAGGGCCGGGAAAAUUGGCGUCUCAUUUACGGACGGCUCGCGUUAUACAAACAACGCCCGGGCCACGUAAUUUCCAGCAGAGCCAAACCGCAUCCGCCUCAUUCGUCUUUGUCUUGAGCGUUUGUGCAGGAAUACUUCCACUUCCGACUGGUUCCACUUCCGUGCGACGCCCACCGUCGGCCCGCUAGGUAUUUAAAUACGUUCGUGCCUCGCGAUUUCGAUAUAAAUCAUCAUGCGAACGCGCCUGGCAAGAGCGAGCGAGCGAGCCCCUGCUCGGUGAUUGUAAGGGUUGUGUUACGUCCCCCCCCCCCUUGAUAAAAUCAGUUUCGAAGUCUCGGAAAUAAUCACGCUACGAAUAGACGCUUGCUUGUUACACUUAAUACGCGCAGCCGUCUGUCUUUUCCGAUCCGUCCCUCCUAUCUGCUUUCCAAGUUCUGGCUCUUUCCCUCGAAAGACACGCGGAACUUUAAUCGUGACAUGAAAUAGUAGAAUUUUUAUCUUUUCUAGUAAAUUUAUUUAUUACCUGCAUUUUUCUAGUUUUUACUAUUUUACAAAUUUUUUUAUUAUUUUAAGAUUGUAUUUCAGAAUUUUAUUUAUUUCACGUAUAUCUCGAAGGCUUAUGGUUUUUAAGCAUCUUAAUUUUAUCAUUGUUCUUUUCAAUUUUUUGGGAAUUAACUUUUAUAAAUUUAAAUAUAAUUUACAAUGUACUAACGUAAGAACAAAAAUUGAAAAAGCUGUAAUGUGCUCGAGCAUUUUGUGCUUUUUAUCAUUCGUGCGCGAAACAUCAGAUUGCGAUACACGAAUUGUUAAGAAUAAUCAGAAAUCUUGGCAAAAAUACGGUCUGAUAUGUGCGCUUUUGCAUAUCUUCGGUAUGCGUAAACUGCACAAAGAAAGAGAGUAUACCAGAGUAAAUAAAUAUACAUAUGUAUGUAUAUUGGCAUGCUGGUACGUGCGCCGAAAAUUCGGGCUAUAAAAGUGGAAGCGAUGGGAAAUUUUCGACGAGGACCGACUUUAUCCCGUGGAAAAUCCGGCGCUAAUGCACCGAGAAUUUUUGACGGAAUUCGACAUGAUUUCGGUAGCUUCGACUUUCCACAAAGAGCUAUCGUUAAAGAGCGCACGCUCUAAAACGCGAUGUCGUUUAUGGUGAAAGCAUUUUUGACGACCUUGAAGAGCUAUUUUCGGAGCGGCUUAUUUAAUCGUUCAUCCGAUCUUUCCUUCGUCAAAGCCCUAGUUCUGCAACGUUUUCCAAUUGAUGCAUUACAAAACUCUCGAUCGACAUGACGCAAACAGGAAAUCAUUUAUGCAUACGCUAAUAUAAUUUACAUAAGUUGGCAGUUUGCUCUUUACACGUAGAUUGAUUCGCAUACAAUCGCAGAUAUCAAUAAAAAUGCAACGCGUAAUAAUAGUUUGGUAUCAUCGAUCAACGUCACUCGUACGGGUCGAAUCAAGAUCAUCGUGGCGACGGUCGAAUCAGGAUUGCGCCAUCGAACUUCAUUUCCGGACGUUAAUUUCGCAGUUCGAUAAUAAUCUGUGGCUAUUUUGCAAGCAGGAGAAACAUUGAUAUUGUCGGUAGUACAUCGAUUCCUCCGCUCGAAAGCUAAAAUAUACAUAGUGUCACGCUAUCUGGACACGUUAUCACGCGCAGUCUGCGACAUAUAUCCAUAAUAGUUGGACAUCUCUUCUCGUUCUAAUCAUGCGACAUUGAUCACACGCAAAGUUUGUCAUAGUUCAAAUAUUUUUGGAAGAUUAUCGUUUAUGUUCAAUGUUACUUUAUUAAAAGUACGAAACAGAAAAUAAUCAUUGACUAGACACUAGGAUUCACCGAUUUUAUCUGAAUGUGCUUGAAUCCUUCAUCAUUGUAGAAAAAUUCUGUUACUUGAUCAUCAAAUCUGGAUGGAACUUGGAUUUCCCUCAGACAUUUCAUUGAUCUUUGAUACAAGAUAUCUUCGAGAAAUUGAAUAAUUAUAAAUAAAUGGCAUGAGAAUUAAAUAACAUUCGGUAAAUCGAGGCUAGAGUGCAUCUGUACAUUAAAUUCGCAUCGAACGAUGAGAACUCAAUGCAGAAAACGAUUCGAUUCGCGACAUCGCCUGUGUGUGUGUGUGUGUGCGUGCGUGUGUGUGCGUGUGUGUGUCGUAAAUAUUUAAAUACGACUUUUCGCUGAAUCACGAAUAUUGUUCACGUCAGAACUUACAUUUUUCGUUUUGACAAUCUUGACGAAGAAGGUACUCACGAUAACGAUGCUGUCAGGGCCUACUGCGUUGACCAUCGCGCUUGUUCUGUGAACCUUCAUCCUAUCCCUUUCUCCUUCAUAGAAAAUCGUAUCAUAAAAAUGCCUGCCUAUGCGCCAACGUAGAUUAAUGCAAUUAUCGUAAGUAUUUAAUUAACCACCUUCGAGGCUAAUGUUUGUGUACUUAGAGAAUAGGAUUUUUAUAUGCACGCGCCAAACAAAAUUUUGCGUUACCAAAUUUUUGCGUCGUUUAAUUUUUAACGCACACAGUGAAUUUUUAACUAGAUAUCAUAAUGAAUCAAAGUAUUAUCUUGCAAGAAUUUAUGGAUUGACAUAUUCGGAUAUGAAACGUUCGAAUUUGGAUGUCUUUGAAUCUUUCGAUAUCCGGCUUGUGAAACUAAAUGGCAGAAUUCCAAGAUUUGACUCUUUCUAGCUUCUCGAAUCGUAUCUGUUAUGAUCGACUUCUAUGAUAGAAGUUUCUAUUGAAGCUUCGAUUCUUCUGUUGUAGUUUCAGUACCAAUUUAACAAAGACAAUGAUAUCGGAAAAAUUUUGUUUGACGCGCGUAUCAACUAUUAAGAUUUAAGUGAGUAAACAGAGGUGACGAGAAGUUACCAGAUCAAAUAUUGUAAUAUUUUUGUACCACAAAAAGAGAUUUGUGAAAUAAUAAACAGUGAUUAUUUAAUCUAACCCAUCGCGAAUCACGGUCGUUAUUUUACGCUUUAUCGGUCGGAUACUCUUGCGAUUUGAUAUUCGAAUCCAGUUAUUUUUUUUUGGAGAAAAGGAGCUCGGUUCUGCCAGAAAACCGAAAGAGAGGAUAUGCGCUUUCGUGGUUCAUGUCAGGGAAUGCGAGAGUCUUUCUAUUGUUUUUUCUUCUAACCGCAACAAAAUAAUCCGCGUCAGCGUGUGCGUAAAGAGCACUAUGUUUUACUUUUCCUCCGGACAAAGGGGACAGAUUCUCGUUUACUUGGAGUUUAUUCUUGAAAUUUAUCAUUUUCCGACACACAGGUGCUUUGCCUUUGCCAUUUUCAAUCCUACUUUAUCUUUUUUAUUCGUACUGUCUCUCUCUCUCUCUCUCUCUCUUUAAUUUCUCAUUUCUCUUUUCUUUCUUUCUUUCUGGUCUAGCUCUUACGUUUCGGCCUUAUCUAAAUUUAUGCGAAUCGCGAAACAAUCGUAACAACUGAUGCACCUUCGCUCCUUCAUAAGAAACGUAUUCUAAUUCGGUGUUUUUCAACCUCUGUUCUAUUGAAAAAUCUGAUUCCAAUAAAAAAAUUCGCGUGCGAUUAUAUUUUUAAAACCUUUUAUAUAAUCUCUUCUAUUUUUAAUUGAAAUGAAAAUCUCAAGCAAGUAGCAGCAACACAAGGUGUUCGAGAAAGGAAUGUACGAGUAGCUGAGUUUGUUUUGGGCGUUUUGCGAGAUAAUUGUGGCAUAAAUAAUUAUGCAUCGCGAGUUUGUACAGUAUCUAUCAUAUUACGUGUUUUAUUGAAAUCAAGAUCAAAGGGAUUACCUACCGUAAUUUUGUGCGGAAGAGGUAUAUCGAUAACAGAAGAACUUGAAAUUGAUUGGUAGAUCUUAUUUCUUUUAAAUCCCACGUUCUCCGCUCUGUCGAAAUAGUUUGAUAAUUAAAUUCCGAAUGCUAAUUAACUCUCUCUGAGCUAUUGAUAUGCAACUUCCGCGAUUGGAUCUCUCUAUGACGUGCCAUCGAUUCCUCGUGCAUCUCGAGGCAUUUCUAUCGCGCAGAAAGGGUUGAAAAACACUGUUUCUAACCGAAUCUAACCGAGGCUACUGCACUAACAAAAGAGACAAAAAAUGCACAUGUAUAUCUAAAAAUAAUCUCUCCCAACCUUGUGUAUAUGUAUAAUAAAAAAGCGGCCGUGUACAAAGCCUUUUUUUUACAGCGUCGACGGGACGUCGUUGCCGCGGCUGCAUUCCGCGAGCACUCGUCACGGAAACUCGGAAAAGUGGAAAUAAAAAAGUAGUGCGGGGGCGAUCGGGUUUCAUUGAAAAUCGAACGGUUGCCGGGACCGACGAAAGUUUUUUCACUCGUCUGUGCCUCCUCCUCGUUCUCCCCUUCCUCAUUCCCUUGGUCUCCGUUGUGUUUCGCGAACCCUUUCUUGGCCUCGGUCCUCUCAUCGAUCGGAAGCACGGAGUGACCUUUCACCUUCUUUCUCCGCCGCCCCCGCGUCGUCACGCGAAUAUUAUUUAAAUCGCGCAUUAAUCGGGAACGGAAGCUAGCGUGAAUGCAGCCGAUCGAUACGACGAUACACCGCGGCGGCAAUCGGCUUGUUGAGGGGGGUAGACAGCGAUUUUAACUCUUUGUGGCACUCACCAUUUUCCCCGAGUAGCUGCGUAUAAGGUGACGCUUGUAAACACAGGGUAAUCGGGGGAGACACGUCCGAAUGCACUGUAAUUUUGCGUAGGCAACGUGUAAAUACAAUGCGCGAAUAUUCUUUAGUUUUCUACGAUAUAGGGAGACUUUUUCUGUACGACUAAUUCUUUAGUUUGUAGUAACAGAAAAACCGAGUAGUAAAAAGCUAACGGUAAUAAUUAAUAAUUUUCUAUACAUGGAAUAUAAAAUUAAGGUAAUUUAUAAAAUUGUACAGUUUCACCUUUCGCGCAAGCUACGAUUAAUAUGCGAUUAAUAUUACUUGUACAGUUAUUGCUGUGAAUUUAAUCAUAAAACUUUUUCCGGUGGUUUCUUGUAUUUUUACCUUAAAAUGUGCUUCGCUUCGCACGUUGCUGACUUUGCAGCAAAAUAAAGUGGCACGUGACGGGUAACCAUCGCGAAAAUAAGGCGGUUUGCAAGGGGUUAACACGCGAUAUCAUGCUUGGGGGUAUCGUCAGAAUGGAGUCUCUUGUUGAAGUUCAGUUAGCCUAUUCGGAUCUCGCCCCGACAAGAAUAAACAGCAUUCUAUAGGGUGUUCUGUAGUGUUGCAUGCAACAUAUUUCUUUGAGAAUUGAAGAGAAUAUUUUAGUGAAAAUUUUCUAACUUUAUUUACAUGUUUUUAAACACAAAUGAGGAUUUGAAGAUUCUAAGCUAAAGAUGCAGGGAAACUUCAAAAUCUAAAGAUCUAAACAUAAAUGUAAACGCAAGCCGAUAACGGCGGACAUUAAAUAUUUCCAUGUACUGAAAUAAAAUUUUUAUAUUGAUUUUUAUACUAUGUAGGCAUUUUUCUUUCUCUUACACCCUAUAUUUUCAUUAUGAUUGUCGGUGGAUAUGCCGGGUACGUGCAAAUACGUUAAGUGAGGCACGUAAAAACGAAUAUUGAUCAGUCCGAAUGGCGUCGCGAGCUUUCAGGGACUCCAUUUUUCCAGAUCACGGAGCACCUCGAGUGUCAUUUCUCUGUCGCCUGUUCAGGAAUAAAUCACUUUCGACUCAGUCCGCGUCUCUUUGUAAAAAUGAAUUAAAAUAGUUUUAUUCAUACUUUGAAGUGAAUAUAAUGUCAGUAUUCUUUAACGUCAGCUUUAUCUUAUAUAUUGUUUCAGACUUUUAUCUUUAAGGACUUUGCAUCCGCUUUCCUUUCGGCUGUAUGCAUUUCCUUAAAAAUACAUUUCGGUCUCCUAACUCUGAGAAUAUUUGUGCUCGUCUUUUCUCUGUUUUCGAUUCAUAUACGAGUACAACACUUAUUUUCGUUCUCGUUAUUAAGCAGAACGGGUAGAUUGCUCGUUUUAACAAGAGAGCGUAAUAUUAGCAGAGAGAGCUCUGACGGUUCUGAGGACUGCGGGCUUGAAGAGAGGGAUUUGACGUUCUGAGGUGUUCUAUGCGUCUCGGCGACAGAGGGAUUUCACGCCAUUAUUGGGUUUAUGUACAACGCAGCGCGCGCAUACGCGAGCAGUCGGGAACACCGCACCGCUCCUCGCAGAGUGCUCCAUUACAUUUCAGGUCUAUCUCUUCCGUUUGAGAUUUCGGUGCCGGGCACUCGCUACUUCGGGACAGACAGAACCAUUUGGUGCCCUUGAAUAAUACAACGACCUCGUUUUCGCUCGUGCAUUAGGAUAUGGGAGUAUAAUUGUUUCGGUCGUCUAGCGCAUACGUAUCGUUUUAAUAAUUAAUUAGCCCGACCGGCGUAAUGUCGGACAUGCGGUGCACCGCCUAAUUUCUUGGACGUCUCGUGGAAAUUGUAAUCUGUCUGUGGUGAACGUAUUUACUUUGUCUUGCUGAAGAAACGCCGUGGAUAAGGAAAUAAAAACAGAAAUUUGAUUAGUUUUGUAGCGAAUGUAGGUCGACGAUAUUUAAAAAAAAUUUUUUUUUAUUUAUACGAGGUUGACAUAUCAGUUGUUCGUAGCAUGUUUUAUCAAGCACUCGAGGGAUCAACGCGAUACCGGGAGAAAAACCUUUACGGUUAGCUCGCUUUGCUUUUACGCACAAAACUUGUACGCCCGUUUUACGCUUUCUCUCUAAUUAAUCGCACUGGUUUGGAGUUUGGAUCGAUGUUUAACGAGGACUUACGUGUCUGACGCUUUAAUCGCACGUUCUCGUCGUAUGCCUCGAGCAUCUCGCAUUUCAAUCGCGUCGAGAGGCAAGUGUUUGCACUUCGUUCGAAGACGCGCGGUGUACAUCUUCGACGCAUCGCGGCCCCGUUACUGGGUGCACCCUUAACAGAUAUUUUGCAUGUUCUUCGUAUCGAACGACAGUGGCAUAUCAGAAAACUGACUACAUUUCCAACGAUUAGAUUACUGCGUGAAAUAAUUUCUUGACACAGAGGCAGAGAAUGGGAAAAAAUAUUUAAAAAAGGACAGAAAUGGAUAAUACAACUGUUGCGAUACAUUUUGGUUUGUUUUUUAUGUUGAAACGUGAACUUCUCAGUUGUGAUAUUUUAGUUAAUAUUAUUAUUUAAUAAGAAAUUUGACAAAAAUUUUCGCUAUUUCCGGAUAUAUCGUAAGCCACUUUUUUGUCGUUUUACGAAGGCAGUGCAAAAUUCGUGUUAAAUAAACGAGAGCGGCGGCGUUGCUCGCUUAACUUACCAACCCGAAGCGUUGCUUAAUUUAAUAUUUAUUCCUUCGUUAUAGCCGCGUUUUUUUUUUUAUAUCAGAUAUUUGUGAAAAUAGCCUGUAAGAGCUCGCGCCUCUUACAAAGUGAAAUUCCAUGUUUUUAAAUACAAAAUUAUUAAGCGCGCCUUUCGCGCACAGGGAGAAAGAAAGAGAGGAAGAACGUCUCUCGAGAGCAACGAAGUUAUUUAGUACAUGAGCUCGCGCGACUCAAUUUAUUUAAAUUUAUUUAAGCGAUACAAUGUCUUGCAAUACAUAAAGAGCAGCGACGCCUCAAAGGGAAUGCCGCGGUAACGAGUAAUCGAUUUUUCAAAAAUCAAAGGCGCCGGUUAUUUCGUGAAAUAUAAUGACAUCCUUAUCAGCUAAUAUAAGCUACUUUCCUAUAUAAUAGGCUAACGUAAUACUCUUCCUUCACUGUACGUCAAUUUUCGCGAAUAUAUCACUUUAUCCGAUUACGGAAAGCGAUAUUUCAAAUUAUUGCGCUGGUACUUUUCUCAUGGUGACAAGGAGGGAUUUUUUUAAUUUUUAUUAUUUACGUUUUGUAAAAUAUUUUUUCUCGCGUUCUGUCUGUCUCGUAACUCGAUUCAACGCGCGUUCAGGCUGUAACACAUUUACAAUUGUAUACAUACACAGUACAAUUCGCGAGAAAGAGGGGAGGAUUUUUAAGAUAAAGAAAAGAAACGUAGAGAGAUAGGGAAGCAAGCGACUAAAAAGAACUCAGGAACGACGAACGCGCGAAAUUAACGAGAGUGAGAUCGAGAUCGGAGGAUCCAAGGAUACGGAGGGAUCUUAUUUGCAUCUGCGAGGAGUUAAAUGUCCGACGACUCCCAGAGGACUCAAGACCUCGGGGAUCUUAGAAUCCGAGGAUUCGAGAAGCCGAGUAUCUGUAGGUUCAAGAUUCCGAAGAUCGAAUGUCUCAAGAUCCUAGGACUCGAUGAUCUAGAGAUCUCUGAAUUUCCAAGAAUUCGAGAAUCCAAAGAUUCAAAGACCCGGAGAUCCCGUCCGCAGUUCUGGAAUCCGUGGAUUCGAGGAUUUGACUUGAUCCUGGAAUCCGAGAGACUUCCACGAAGUCGAAUGCCUCACCCGAGUAUCCAAGGAUCCGGCGACCCUCGAAAAAAGAGCCAAACCAAAAAGUAUCCAAGUAACCACAAAGCGAAAGCAGCACUGAAACGGCAUAGAAAUAACAGUAACGUAAUCAGAGUAACAUGACGAAAAAGUCAGAUAAUAAGAACGGAAAA